ACUAAGAAACUUGAUGACUGUUUGAGGUUAAAGAUCGAUGUGUAGUGGCGUUUUCACAUUAAUUUAACUUAAUCGUUCGUUUUAUCUCACUAUUUAUUGUUAGAUUAAGUCUCCAUCUCUUAAAAUGCCUCCCAAGGCAAAGCCAGCAGCUCCAAGCAAAAAGACGGCUGAAAAGAAGAAAGAAAAAGUCAUUGAGGAUAAGACUUUUGGCCUGAAAAACAAGAAAGGUGCCAAGCAACAGCGAUUCAUUCAGCAGGUUGAGAAGCAGGUUAAAUCUGGAGGUGUGCCUGCUCGGAAACUGGAUGAACCUAAAAAAGAUAAAGAUGCGAAGCUCAAAGAGCAAAAAGAGAUGUCUCUGUUGUUUCGGCCUGUACAGAAAGUUGAAAAAGGAGCGGACCCGAAGAGUGUUAUUUGUGCUUUCUACAAGCAAGGCCAGUGCACAAAGGGAUCUAAGUGUAAGUUUUCUCAUGAUUUGACGGUGGAGAGGAAGGCGGAGAAGAGAAGUAUGUACGUAGACAUGCGAGAGGAUGAAGAUGGAGACACGAUGGAGAACUGGGACGAGGCCAAGCUGAAGGAGGUUGUGGAGAAGAAACAUGGAGAAAAGGAGAAGAAGAUGCCCACUACUGAUAUUAUCUGUAAAUACUUCCUGGACGCAGUAGAGAAGAGCAAAUAUGGUUGGUUUUGGCAGUGUCCCAAUGGAGAAAGCUGCAUCUACAAGCACGCCCUACCUCCAGGCUUUGUACUCAAAAAGGAUCGCAAAAAAGAAGAGAAGAAGGAUGAAAUUUCGUUAGAAGACUUAAUAGAAAAGGAGCGAUCAGCACUGAGUGCAUCUGGGAAAUUUACCAAAGUUACGUUAGACAGCUUUUUGGCAUGGAAGAAACGGAAGGUUAAGGAGAAGAAAGAAGCUCUUCAGAAAGAAGAAGACAAGAAGAGGAAUGACUACAAGGCUGGUCGACAACAUGGGCUGUCUGGUAGAGAAAUGUUCUUCUUCAACCCAGACUUGGCGGCAAAUGAUCUGAUGGAUGACGGAGAUGAAGCUUUCGACUCUUAUCAGAGAGAAGAAGACGAAGAUGACAGUGAGGUUAAGUACCGAGACAUUGAGCUGGAGAUCCUCGCUAUGGAAGCCAGUGAAGCUGACGGUGCAGGCAUCACAGUGGCUCCAGACGACAGACUGAAGAAUACUCCAAUCACCAACGGCACAGUGUCAUCUGAAGAGAGUCCUUCGGAAGAAACCGCCUCCGCCUCAGCUUCUGCCGUCCCCAUCAAUGAAAAUCUGUUUCUGGACGAUGACCUGGACGACCUUGAAGAUGAGUUGGAUGAACUUUCGCUCGAUCAAUGAACUCCUCAAAGUCCUCCUUCGUUUUUAAGUCUAACAUCGCUUGAAUUAAAUAUAAU